GGGAAAAAAACCAGACAGUUUCUUCCGGGGUCUAAGACAGCACGGGAAAAGAAUCUGUAGCAGCGGAAGGAGGAAACGGAGUAAGGAGGAAGAAAGAAUGAGUGGGCCGCAGCCGUACCACCAGCCGACCACACACGAGGAAGUCCGAACCCUUUGGAUAGGAGACUUGCCCUAUUGGGCUGAAGAGCCUUAUCUCCAAAGCUGGUUCGCCGAUACCGGCGAGGUUCUUUCAAUUAAAGUAAUUCGAAAUAGGGGCACCGGACAGCCUGAGGGUUAUGGUUUUGUGGAGUUCACCUCACAUGCUGUAGCUGAGCAUGUUUUACAGUCUUACAAUGGAACACAAAUUCCAAACACCCAAUUGACUUUUAGGUUAAAUUGGGCAUCAUCUGGUAUUGGGGAACGGCGUGAUACUGGUCCCGAGCAUUCCAUCUUUGUAGGUGAUUUAGCUCCAGAUGUUACGGACAACUUAUUGCAAGAUACAUUCCGUGCUCAUUAUGCAUCUGUGAGAGGAGCUAAGGUUGUCACUGAUCCAAACACUGGACGAUCCAAGGNCUCUGCUUCUUAAAGAUUAAAAUAUCAAUUUUAUAAAUAAAGGAUCAAUUA